AGGAAGAGACGCCACCGCGACGUUCUCCUUGCGUCGCUGCACAUUUCCGUUUCGCCAUCUUUUACCUCGGGAAAUCGUGUGCCGUUUCGCGACCUGUUCUAUCGCGUAGUUUUACAGACUACUGACUUGGUUCUUGUACGAGCCGCAAAAUGCCGGGUUUUAGCAGCGUUGGCACAUUUAAAAUCUUCAUUGGUAAUUUAGCCGAUAAGACCUCGAACGCGGACAUAAAGCCAUUGUUCGAGAAGUAUGGAAAAGUCGUGGAAUGCGAUGUGGUAAAGAAUUAUGGCUUCGUGCAUAUGGAAAAUGAAGAAGCUGGUCGAAAUGCGAUACAAAAUCUGAAUGGACACAUGGUUCAUGGUCAGCCGAUAAAAUGUGAAGCUGCGAAGAGUCGUAAGGGACCCAACACUCCCACGACGAAAAUCUUUGUGGGCAAUCUUACAGAUAACACUAAGGCGCCACAGGUUCGCGAACUGUUCGCUAAGUACGGCACUGUUGUUGAGUGCGACAUCGUGAGAAACUACGGUUUCGUUCAUUUGGAGGCAACUGGCGACGUGAACGAUGCCAUCAAGGAGCUGAAUGGUCAGAUCGUGGAUGGACAACCGAUGAAGGUCCAGAUAUCUACUAGUCGAGUACGACAGAGGCCAGGCAUGGGGGAUCCGGAACAAUGCUACCGAUGCGGACGAGGCGGUCACUGGUCGAAGGAAUGUCCCAAGGGAGGGAUGGGAGGUGGACCAGAUAGGAACGGAUACAGGGACCGAAUGUUUGGACGCGAUCCAUAUCCUCCACCGCCGCCACCACCGUUCCUACGGGACCGGCUCAUGGGUGGUGGCCGCUUUGGGGAUUACGAAAGCUACUACGACAGGCGCGGCUUCGAGGACACCAGGGACCUCUACGAGAGGCGGUUUACGGGUAUGACAGGGCCCAGUGACAUGGGUUCUACCAUGUGCGGGCUAGACUUUCCACCAAUGACAAUGCCACCUCUACCACCAAGACGAGACCCAAUGCCUCCUAUGCCUCCUCUAGGUAUGGGAUCCAUGCGUGACACUGGCUUCUCCCGUGGUAACGAGUAUGGAAUGUUCAGCCGCCGAUCACCCCCUCCAAGUGGCAACAACGGCCGGUUCAGCGCUCCCUAUUACGUACAUCACUCAGCCGGGAGUGGCGCGGAGGCCUGGGAUGAAGAAACGUACCUAAGGAAUGCGAAUUAGAAUUUCUUGAUCGCACUACCGCGAGCCAGGAUGCUCUGCAAUUUUAAACGAAACUCGUACGCUGUAGAUAGAGAAAAGAAAGAAAAGCAAACAGGGCUGGCGCGAUUUUGGAAUGACGCAUCGAAUUGAUUGUCUUUGAAACGUGUCGUAAGUAGAAACCAGCUCUCCAGACGAUUUGGAUCAGUAAGUUUAUAUCGGUAUCUUCCGUAAUCUUUCCAAGUUUCACAAACUUACGAACAUAAACUUGAUAACAUCGAUUCGAUUGAAUCUGACUCGAUUUUUUUUGAUGCGCAAAUUUUUUUUUUUUUUUAUUGGCUAAAUCAUGUAUACUGUCACUUUAAUAGUAAAAAUAUUGACGUAACAAAUUUAAAAAAAUGUUAUGUCGAUGACAGUGGAAGUAUUUUCAAAUUGAGCAAAUCUUGGGAAUAUAUUUUUCUUUCUUCUUUUUUACUAUCAGUAAAAUGUACAUUUUUUUCCUUAUGCGGUAUAUAUUUCCAAGUUACAAUGCGAGAUUGAAUUUCUUAUUUUAUGGAUCGCUUUUUUCUUGCUGUUUUAUAAUUUUUCCCGUUUCAUUAAGUAACAAAUUACUUCAAAUAGAUACAUUUUCAAUUGAAGUCGUUUCAGUUGAUGUAUUAAUUUGAAUACACUUAAAGUUUCGUACGAAACACAAAAAAUCUUAUUAAAUCAUAAAUUACAAAAUUAUCCUACAUUCGGUCGAAUCGGAAUUCCGCGAAGAGAUUGUCAGUUUGUCCGCGUGCUGUCUAAAAUUAGUAUCCAUAGCUCUUGAAGUUGACUUCUACUCACGAGGUUCAAAGCUUUUCAUGUAUGUAAAUCCAUUCGCAAAACGUUCAAAUAGAAAACAGAAUUGAUUGAA